AAAAACAUUUAUUACGAAAACGUUUUGUUUGUUUCACUUGUUUUUCAUUAUAUUAUUCAUCAAUAGUUUAAAUUAUCGCUGAAGAAGAAUAAGAAGAAGAAGACUAUUACCACCAAAAAAAAUGUCCACAAAAAAGACAAAGAACGACGAUAUCAUGAAACUUGAUUUGUAUGAAUUGUUUGCCAUUUCGGUGGACGCGACCGCACAAGAGAUCAAGAGUGCCUAUCGACGACUGGCUCUUAGCUGUCAUCCCGAUAAAAAUCCCGACAAUCCGGCGGCUGUCGAGCGCUUCCAUCGGUUAUCCAAAGCGUUAGAAAUACUGACCGACGAGACGGCAAAGUCGGCGUACGACAGACUACUGAAGUCACGCAAAGCUAAUGUAUUGCGAAACAAACGAUUGGACGAAAAGCGGCAAAAAAUGAAGGAUAAACUCGAGGAACGAGAAAAGGCUGCACAAGAAUACAAGUACAGCGAAGAAGAAGCUGAGGAACGGCUGCAACGGGAGAUCGAAAGACUCAGAAAAGAUGGAUCMAAACAAUUGGAAACUGAAAACGAAUUGUUAAGACAACAGAUCGAAGAAGAGAUGAAACAAAGACUAGAACUGGAGUUAACCAAAAGUAAAUGUUUACCAAAAUUAAAGGUUAGCCGAAAAUCGAAGACAUUUGACUUCAGAGAAGACAGUCUAAGGAGUUGUUUGCAAGAAUUCGGUGAAAUUAAUGCAUUUGUUUUGACUAAAAACCAGAAGAAAGCACUGAUUGAGUUCAAUGAUUACGAACAGACUGUCAAAGUGUUUGACAAUCGCUUCCGAUUUGAACACUUGUUUACUAUUGAAUGGAUUGGCGAUAGACAGCAACYAACUACUGAUGAUCAMUCACAUACCGUUCCUCCGAGUCGACCACAAAUGCCUGUAUUUAAUGCUAGUUUUGUAACCAAUAAUAAUGAUCAACAAAUAACUGAAGACUUUAGCAGUGAUUACGAGAGUCUUGUACUGAGAAACAUGAGGGCAGCAGAAGAACGAAAACGAUUGAUCCGGCAAUUGGAGGAACAGGAGGUCAAUGGUGUCGAUAGUUAG